CUUAUCGAGAUGGGAUGUCGGUCCAACCAACAUCGUCACAUGAUCGCCAACAACACCCUGGAAUUGUUGGCAAUGAACUGCAGUUGACUGGAUUGGCUUCUUCCUUCACUUCUAAGCUCCUGAAGAUGGUCUAUUUUUGGGAUAGUUACUCAAUGUGAUUUGCCGUGUUAUUCUACCUGAUAAAUAAUUACAUAUCCAUUAUCUUUCUACCCCAACAACAGACGAGCCGACAAUGGGCAUUCUGCCGCUGUUUCGACUGGCCUAUCGACUGCAUUCCUUCACCGACAAACACCAGAAGACUAGUUGGUAAGCGAUGGUGAUGGUAGCACCGCGCUAGACCGUCUGCGGAGCGUCGAAUCGGCGGCGACUGUCGCUCGACUCGUCGUUUUGCGUUCCCGUUGACUGGUAUUAGACUACUGAGCUUACCAGGUAUUGCUGUGGAGUUGAAGUUGGAGGAACAUGCAACAUCUUCUAUUUGGCUUGACAGGCUCGAAAUCAAUUGUCGUGUAUGUCGACAUGUCGACUAUAAUAGGGUCGGCUUUUACUACGGAUUAAAAGAAUUGACUCCAGGAUGAGAAAACCGGUUUUGUGCUUAUGGGCAGUCACAGAAAUCGGGGCAUGACCUUUAAGUAAAAUGGAUGAAACGAACUGAGGCAGCAGAAAUUGUGUAUGACUAGUCUAACUAGUCCCGUGAAACUGUUGAUUUUGGUGACACAGAAAUUGAUUUCCGCUCCUAAGUCUUUAUACUGAGGUCUACAUGAGCCCAAUUUCUGUGCUAUGGUGGUGCAAUUUCUGUGACACAUACAUGGACAAUUAUUCUGGAAUCCGUAGUAAAACCUUAGCGGUACUUGUGAGCAAUUUUUAAAAGAUUGCUCUUGGUUCGAGUACCGGUAGGUUAUCAGGAUUGAUUCUGCAAGUAAUUUUUACUUAUUCCUGGUUCGUCCAAGCAUUCAGCAUCCACGCAGGAUCCAGGGAGUGCGCUGGUUUUGCGGAACUAGUACCAGGUAUUAACUGGUACCUUGUUCCCACACAAACUUUAUGAGCCCUCAUGUAUCUCCCAGCUAUCGUGCUCUUCAGGCUCACAAAUCUGCAACCAACAAGUAAUACUAUACAAAAUCCAACGAGCAACAGUGGGCGGCUCCAGCUUAACCGAACAAGAAGAAACGAGCAAAAUGGGCGGCUCCAGUAAGACGCAACUAGAACAAGACUUGGAGGCUGGCCCCUUUGAUGACGAACAAGAUCUCGAGAAGGACAAUGACAAGCAAGUUCCAGAGCUACGCUUCAGUACCAUGGAGCUGAUCCGAUUUUCGUGCAGCAUUGGUGCCUAUCGCAUCCUACGGUUGUCCUUGGAACUCUUCUUGGUGAUGCGCAUUGACGAAUUGGAUUUCGCCGUGAGUCAAGCAGGCACCGUGUUUCUACUGUACCUCAUGGCCAGCAUCACUGCUGGUCUCUUCUUCUUGUGGCAACCUUCCAUCUUCUUUGGAAGUGCCGUACGAGGCACUGCUUUUGUUGUGUUGGGUGUUUCUUUCAUGUUUGGAGGAUUUCUGGGCAUGUUUCAUGUCCAGUCAUUUGCAGCAAUCACUGCACUGGCCAUGGUCUCGGGUAUUGGAUCUGCAAGUUGGAAUAUCAAUUUGCAGGCAAUGACCAACUUGGCCUUUCCCAAAGAUCAGUUGGGCAGUGCUGCCAUGAUGAGGACGCUGCUCGAAUCCAUUGGCUUUCUCAUACCCAGCAUUUGUCUAGCCAUUGUCAUGUCCACUGGACGAGAUUCCUCCGUUGUCCAAGUCAGUGCCACUAUUCUGGGCUUUCUCGGUGUCGCCUUUUCACUUAUCAGUGCCGAUCAAGUGAUUCGAUCCGCGGCAUUCAUCCAACCAAACAACACAGAAACACCAAAAGAAGGAUUGGCACGAGAUAUUUGGAACGUCAUAAGGACCUACUUUGGAACUUCCAUCGUCAGGAAUUUCAUGCUCAACACCAUUCUCUUGGCUGUUGCCAACAUUCUCAUGGGGACGCUGUCACUUAUCACCGAGCUCUACUUUGGGCUUGAACCUGAAUGGCUUUGGCUCGCAGCUAUCGCAUUCCCCAUUGGAGGAAUGGCUUCCAUCGCAUCUCAAAUGCUGCGAAAAGUCAAAAAGAACGGCAAAGACAUUGUACACACGGGUCUCUGGAAUUUCAGUUUCCUUUUCGCCGUUUGCAUCCUAUUGGGUAUCUUUGCUUUCCCUCCAACACAGCAAGACGCGGCAAAAGGGUUGCUCUUUUUGUUUGGGUUUCUGGCGGGGGCGAUCUAUGCCGUAACCUUCUCGGCAUCGGUGGCACUUUGGUUGGUCAAGCUCAAAGGGCACGACGCCGACUUUGUUUCAAGAGCUUGUGUGGUGGAUAAUCUCGGCGUGCAAGCAAUCAUUGCGCUCGUCUUUCAGCUGCAGACACUGCUGGUCGACACGGUCACUCAAUCUAAUUCCACCGUGACAGCUUCAGCUCUGGUGUUGUUUGCCCCUCUCCUUUUGCUGAUUAUUGUAUGCCAUCUCCUCGCCCACGGUCUGCCAUACGCCAAGGACGACAUCUUUGGUUGGCCCUUUCCAGAGCCAUUCGGUGCAUUGCUAAAAGCUACGCUCUUUGUGCUGGAUCUGUUGGGACUCUCCAGUGAGAAAAACGUGCUUCUGUUUUCUUCUUUCGGUGACUACCGGACUGGAUUCUUAAAUGCACAUCUGGGCAACUCCAAGGUUCAAGACGGGCCAGCAGUACCCGCCAAUGCAACACUUACUCCUGAAGGCUUGCGAGGUCACCUGGCAGCUUUUGACGAGUUGAAAACACAGGAAGAGUGGUGGGAAUCUGAUUGCAGACUCUGCAGCCUCUUGCUCAACAAUGAAGACGCGCUCGAAAAACGACUUCAACUCAUCGAGAGGGCCACCUCCAAGAUCUGGGUCAUGACCUGGCUCAUUGAACAUUCUACGGUGGGAGAGCAGGUUGCAGAUGCGCUGAUCAAGCGUUCGAAAGAGGGACUCGAUGUCAAAGUAAUGGUGGAUGCUAUUACCCUCUACUACCUCCGCCAAAAGCUGUUGUUACGCGGCAUCAACGACAUGGCAACGUUGAGCCGUCUUGUGGACGCAGGGGUGACUGUGAAGAUGUUGGACCGCGUUCACGAGGAGGUCAAUCCACCGUACGUUGUUGGGAGUCACCGCAAGAUCAUGAUUGUGGACGAUUGUUGGGUCUUGACUGGCGGGCGCAACAUUACCACCGAAUACUUUACCACUUCCGACUUCCACUAUCAUGACGCGGACGUUUUGCUGUAUGGAUCUUUCGCCACGACAACCAGUGCCUUGUUCAAAAACUUAUGGGUGGAAGCAAGGGAUGUAAGCAUGAUCUUUGAGGAAGAAGGCUAUCCAAAGCAGAAUCUUGAAAGUGAAGUCCCCGCCACCGAAAGAAGUGAUAUCAUGGAUACUGACUAUGAACCCAAACAAAGCAAACGAAGUUUACUACAGAGUCAGAGAUCUAUUCAGAGCUCUAUGUCACGGUUGCUCACCGAGUCAUCAUACUUCACAGCUGGAUUGUUGGAUGAAGACGAAGAGCUUCCCAAUGAAGCCGAGAAACACACGCUUGACUGUAUUGGCGAAUCAACCGAGAUCGAUGUUGAGAAAAUCGAUUGGGGUCCACUCUCGAAGAUGAAAAUGGGCCAUAGCGAAGUCUCAGUGCGCAGGUCCUCCUUCUUCAAGAGAUCCCUGCCUCUGGAGCUUCGUGGCGAGGAUAUCACGUUGUUCCAGCUGGACCACAAGGCAGGUCGAAUUGACGGCCAAGACAUCAUCUACUCAACGCUUCUCUUCCUGAUUGAGACCUCGCAAGAAAAGAUCGACUUGAUCUUGGGUUACUUUCAACUUUUCCCUGGACUGGAUGCGGCAAUCAGCCGCGCCAUCCAAAGGGGCGUUAAGGUUCGCUUGGUUACCAACUCGGACGCUACGAAUGGCAUUAGCUUCUUCAAUCCCUUGUUUCGGGCAGCAUUGGAGCGGGUGAUCGAACUUGGUGUUGAGGUGUACGUUACGGCGGCGGAUCCAACCAAAGAGGUAGAUUUCUGCCUCCACUACAAGAUGGCUGUCUUUGAUGGCCGCGCAGCCUUUCUUGGCAGCUGGAAUUGCUUGGGCACUUCGGUUUUUUAUGACAGCGAUUUUCAUACCGUCAUGUUUGACGCAGAAGGCUCCGACAUGUUUGAUCCAAUUGAUCAGCUGGUGGAUGAUUCGGUUGCAGAAGGGCGUCUUGUUCGCAUGGAGACUAUUCCAGAGGGUAGUUUCAAAGUUCCAUUCGUUUUCCAACUUCUUGCUUCCCGCAAUGGACUCGCACAGAUGAAGCGUGGAUACUGAUGACAACGGAGGACUCAAUAGCUAAUGUACAUGUAUAACAAUCGAGAGUUUCUGCAAUCCGCGCCCAUGUUUUGCUCGAGAUUGGAUUUGGAGGAGCCUCGUGGUGCGUGAGUGUCACAAGCACGGAGUUACUACGGAGUUGGUAAAAAUUUUAAUGGUUUCAAGCUACAAAUAGAAGCCUUUUCACAAGGAAAGUGUCCAAGCAAGAAUGUCAACAUUUCUGAAGAAGCCUUAUGAGUGAUGGAACGUGCUGAACGACUCGACUCGACUCAUCCCUCUCAAGGCAGUACCGGUAUCGGUAUCGCUAGCUACGGUACGAUGUACUAGCUAGUACGAGCUGCAUCAUGUACUCUAGCUAGCUAGUACCGAUAGAAGUCAACCUACCGACCUACCGCUACCGUACCGGUGGUAGAGCCAGCCACUCCCCGAACCUCGAACCACAUGGCAGGACGAGGGAAAGAUGAUCAAUCAGCGCCAGCUCCAGUUCUAGACUAGAAUAUGUACACGUAUCCAACACACUGCCAACAUUCCGUACUAUUCUUGUGGAAAGAAAGUCAGGGCGGGUCCACUAUCUGGAAGGUCUGCCAGUUCCAAAACAGCACAAACCAACAUGGCCUGAAUAUAUUUUCUUACAUUCUUUUGCGUGGUCUUUACAGUUUCUGGGUUUUCUUCACUUUCACUAUGGAUCCAUUUACUCAUGACGAAGCAAGAGGUUACUAGUACUAGUAUGGUUUAGAGUGGACGAUGGGUGGGAAUGGACUCCAGGGGAUUACUUUUAUGGAUGUAUUUUCUCGUUUGGCUAUCUCUUUUUCUUUCACUCCAUUGUUCU